AUGUCGCUACAUUCCCGUGCAAAACGGAGCAAUUCUCAACUCGCUCUUAAAGCAACUUCAGUAGAUACGUUAGAUGAUGUUUUGGUGUUGAUAAAAAACGCUGGAUAUGCUGUUGAUGACAAUGCGAUGACAGCAGAGCAAUCGAAAAAGUCAGUUGAGUCGAUGGAUCUUCUUGCUGAAAUAUUGACCGUUCAGGAUAAAGUUGAGAGUUUAAACAAGGACAUAAACAAGUUCAAGGACGUGAUUGAAAGUUAUGAUAUUGUCAGGUCUUCCGAGAUUGAAAAAAAAAUCAAACAAUUGGUUGCAUUUAGUAAUCACGUACACAUGGUAAUGAAUAAUAAGCAAGUGCUAGUGAAAAGAUUACGCGAGCCAUAUGCAGGACCACACAUAACCCUCCAAGCAGAAUAUCACCGGCCAUUUGCAUGCUUAAUCCAGUCGAUUGUUGAAAGUAUUAAUUCACUUCCAGAACACAUUGAAAGUGUUAAAUGGGUCACAGACCAUGGAAUAUUUGAUAAGAAUGCCAUAGACAAACAAGUGUCUUCGACAGCAUCAACAAUCGCAACGUAUGGAAACUAUGCGGAUUGUAUUGAAAGAGUCAGAAAGACUGUAAAGGAAAUGCAAGAAACGUGUGUUGUCUAG